AUGAUAAGUCAACGAAUCGGACGUCUUCUGACACAAAUCGCCUCCUCCAGAAGUACAGUAAUCUACAGUAGGCAGACGCAUCGAAUGCUCACAGAGCAAGAUAUUAAAGUGACGACGAAGGCGGCGAGCAGGCUGAAAGAAGUACUGGAUGACGGAGAACGUCUUCGACUGGAAGUUGAUGGUGGUGGUUGUUCGGGAUUCGAGUACAAAAUUCGAUUGGAUAAAAAGUUGAAUAACGACGAUUUACUAUGGAAAACAGAGAGUGGCGCCGAGAUUAUUGUAGACGAAAUGUCGUUGGGAUACAUUAAAGGUUAG